AUGCCAGGAGGUAGGCCCCGAAUCUACGAAACUGAGGAGGAUAGGAUCAGAGCACGUAAUGAACGUCGGCGUAAUCGCCGUCAGGGACAUCCUUCUGCUUCCAGUGCAGAAGCUCCAUUUCACAAUAUAUUUGUCACCCAUGAGCACGCGGGUGGUACUCAGGCUCCAGACGGCAAUGCUGAUAUCUUCACUGAUCUCGCCAACACUCUGAACAAUCUUUCUGUGGAGGAGUAUCCUUGUGAAGAAGAGGCACCACAGCUUAGUACACUGGAUUUUGUUGCCGUGGAUGAAGAUGAGGAGGAAAAUGAAAUCAACAGGCGCAGGUCUUCAUUGGACAGCGAUGGGAAAGACCUUGCCAUGGGGGAUGACUCUCCACCCCCUUCAGGGUUGCCAUCCCCACAACCAAUGGACCUAGUCAUUGAUGAUGCCACCCAACUGCUAGCGGAACGCCUUGCAGAGCAACUCCUUGGACACCACGGCUGUCUGGAGCAUGUCACACAUCCUCCAUCCAAUGCCAACACCAUUUCUCUCUCCGAGCUGAUCGGCACGGAUCUCCCAGAUGUUCUGUCCCACCCCAAGAUUCGACCGCAUCCAGCCGACUGGGAGAACCGUCUCCCGGUAGUGGCACGACGCCAGCUCUUUACCGGCAUCCGCCAACGGCGCGCUGGAAGCCCCCCUCCGUUGACAACCUCUGACGGCUCCUCUCCCAUGGAGAGUCCUCCACCCGCGAUGGAGGAUCUGCCUCCUCCCCGGAUUGAUCUUGAAUCUGAUACGGUCCCAGCCCGGCAAUUGCCCCUCGCCAUCACCUUUGAUGUUGACAGUGCCGGUGGCUUUGCCACGAGUCUGAGCGUGGCCCGACAAGGGCUGGACUGGCUUGUUAUCCGACCGCCUGUCAGCAACCUGGCCAGCUCGCUGCAUCUCCCACCUGUUCCGGUUGGGUUCUACGACCCCAAUGGGGAACGAUGGCGAUCCGCUCGAGCUCCGAUUCAUCACGUCCCUCAUCUCCCCUUGGGGCGGCUCCAUGGCUUUGAGGCUGUUGAGACCCGGGCCACGGCCGCCUCGGUGGAGCUCACCACGCAGGGGAGGGACGGGCCCCGGAUGCAACUGCUGCAUCACUUCAUCCAGCCGCAGUACUUGGCCCAGCUUUGGGACCGGAUUGGCUUUUAUAUCAAGCAGCGUGGCCAUACUGAAUUUGAGGGGUGCCGCAUCUUCAUCACUGCCAAGAACCUGAAGACCAAGUCUCAGGACCCUGACUGGCAACAGGCACAGGAGAAGUUCUUCUCCACCUGGGAUCAGGUGGUCAAUCGGUCCUUCCUAGUCGAGGACUUCUACGAUGUGGGCAAAGAGGUCACCCCUCCUGAUCGUAGCUUUUCCUUCCGGCAGGCGUCUGAGGUGGCGCGGCAGCCCCUGACGCUGACCUGGCGUCGAUGCUGCUUGGAGAGCUUCCGUUGCUGGCUACAUGAUGUGGCCCGCGAGCUGGGAGAGGGGCAUGAGACCGCAUCUGCUACGGAGGAAGAUGGACCAGGCAAUCCCACUCCAACCACCCGACAACUGCGACCACGACGCCAGCCGCCACCAACUGUCCUGGUAGAGAUUCCGGCCCAGCCUGACGUGGAGAUGGAGGUGGAUGACCAUGGCUCGGAUCCCAGUGUGGCUUCACCACACUCCUCCUCCUCUUCUUCGUCUUCUUCGUCUUCCCCCACGGUUGCGGCGCCACCUUGUUGGCAGGAGGAAUACUACCCGCUGUCCCUCACCCAGGACCUGGGUAGUCUCACGAUUCAACCACACCUGGGCCGACGUUCCGCCCUUCGCCGGCAUGGCUUGCUCUAUAUCCAGCUUUAUAACACGUCCAAGGGGAUCUUUGCUGCUGGCAAUACCUACCCCUUUGCCAACCAUGCCCUGGACACACUGGCGCUGGAUCCGGGCCUGGUUCGAGCAUGGCAGCACAUCGGGCAGGCUCUGAGUCACUCACCACAGGCGAUCCUCCGCGCAUACCUUCAUGCCAAGGUCCGGUGUCAUACGGCACUGACGUCGUGCCGCAACCAUUCCUAUGGGACGCGUGAGGAAUAUCGUGUCAGUGGUCCUCUGCUGCAUUCCAUCCACCAGGUGAUGAGCCGGCGAGCCCAUCCGCGGGCCAUCAUGCCUCAGCACGCCACCGUCCCCUUUUUCAUUCAUCCCACGGCCCUCUUUCUGGACUGGAUCCGGUGGAAUAUGAACCGGCUCUGUCUGGGGUUUGAGCUCGUGUACACGCUGCAGUCUCACACGGUGGUGCACUGGGAGCAUACUCGGGUGAUGAUGAUGUUUCUCCGUGCAUUGACGUACACCUAUGGGGGCCAGGGCCAUCAUCUCCGACACAGCAAUGGUCUGUGGCUGGACUGCCGGGUUGACCCUGGCGCGGGUAAUGGCGAGCGGGUGGUGGAGGGCAUGGGUGUGGGGGAGACGUUGGACCGGUAUGGGUAUGGAUGGUUCCUGGACAAGGUGGACUGGGCCAGCAUGGUCUUCCGGGUGGCACACCGGAGCCACAUGGCAUUCAACACGCCGACGCUGCUGUCCGCCUACUCCCGACGGUAUCAGCCCCUUGUGCGGGCGCAGCGCGACUACAUCUUCGUGCACGACAUCUUUUCGCAGAUGCAGGCGUGGCGGGAUGGGCCUCCCGCCCGGACGGCGGUGUUGUUGGAUCUGCUGGUGGAUGUCUGUCUCCGGGCCUUCUGGAAAGAUGUGUUUCGUGCGCUGCAGGCCUCCAAGCCCCAGCAGCCCAUCAAGAAGCAAGCCCUGGCAGACGCCCUGGCAGGUGCGGUGCCACUGACCAUUGUGGGUUUCCGGCGAGUUUUCCAGCGCGCCCCAGUGGAAACCGAGUUCCAGUACGUGCGCGGAUCGAAUGCCAAGGUGGGCCAUGUGCAGGUGCUCUUCAGUUGGCUCUGGGGCUGGGCUGGGGAUGGCAACCACGGGGGGGAUUGGCGGCGGAAGGGCUGGGAGCAGAAGCUGUACCGACUCCUCUUCCGGCAGUGUUUUGAAGUGAUCACGCAGGUCUUUGGGCUGGGGCAGGCUCGGGCGUGGCGGGCGACGCUCCAGUAUCGGUUUGUGCGGACGCACUGGGUGUUACCGUAUCCAAACAACCAACGCUUCUGGAGUCGUGGCACCGGACUCCAUGGAACUGGGCGGCGACGGCUGCUCACUUGGGUCAGUGUCCAUCCGGACGUGGAACGGUAUCACCGGGAGGACCCAUUGCGGGAGCGGACCGUCCCAUUAGCGGCAAUCAACCAGUUGCCCAUCCGCGGGUGGCAACGUGGUGCUCAACCGAUGGACCUCAGCGUCGAGCUUCCCACGAUUCCCAGUGACCUUGAAGUGCUGGUGGCCGCUGUCACUCGUCCCAGUCCGUCCACGCGUGCCGCUGGGUCGUCCCCACCGCCCCCCUCCGCUCAGGGCUUGCCUCUGCCUGUGAUCCGGGUUACGGCGGGACCGAUGCAGCAGCAUCUGCUUUCGUAUCACCAGGAUGAGUCCCGAGUGACGCGACUGGGCCAGCAGCAGGCGCAGCAGGAGCAGUUGGCCACGGAGCAGCUGUUGGAGCAGCUGCCUCGUGUCAGUGAGGCCUUCUGGAAGCGGGUGCAGGAAGAAUACCAGUCCAUUGCGCUCUAUCGGCGUCCUCACGUGGAACCAGCACGACCUGCGGCCACCCCUUUCCGGCAGCGGACAGUGAACCGGGGCCGUCAAUGGCUGUAUGACAUUGACCAGUGGACCAAGAAGCAUGUGCAGAAGUACCAUCAGUAUGCGCGGGCGCUCCAGGAAGCGGAGCAGCGGACGUAUGGGAUUGGACCAGGGAUGACUGCGGGAGAGUUUGAGCGGCAGCGGCAGGCGGAUGUCAGGAAAGCUCGCACUCGGCAGCAAGAUAUCCUCCGGGCGAUGGGGGAGGUUGCCAAGUGUAUUGGAACAAUAUAUAGCGACGUGGAAGAAACGGCGGCCGAUGCUGGGGCAUCUGUUGGAGGAUGCACCACAUAG